AUCCCACCUGCUGUUUUACUCGUUAAAUUGAUUGAGCCUUGGAUAAGUAAAUAAAAAACUCCUUCCACAGGUGUUUUUUAGGACAACUUAUAACGUUACGAUGAGGCUGUUUUUCGUGAAACAACCAGGGCGUGGCGCCAUUUUGUUUCUGUCUGCGUCUUUUUAACCAGCAGGUGCAGUUGAUUUGGCCCCAACUAAAGAGAACAUUAGAGAUGAUACUCUGUACCGUGACUAAAACUCAAAACACAAAUUAGACUUUAUUUUUGAUCAAGAGUUCCAGGCAUGGAUUACCUUUUACUGUUUUUCGUGUUGCCGCUGUUGUCCACUGAUGGAGGAACAAUUCCAAAGUUUGAGACUUUGAAUCAGACAUCCCAGGUGAUAAGAAAGGUUUCCCGGACGGAAACAACGAUUCUGCCGCCGCCGUACCUCCACCUCCCCGUGUUUGUGGACUCGAGGCUGCCGCUGGUGAAGAAGGAGUUUUUGUCUCCAGCCAGAGGCACCGGACUGAAGCCUGUCCCUGAGCUUGUUAGGAAAAUCUUGCACCCCGUUCGGCCUAAGACCAGUCCGCACCGCGUUUCGGACGUUUCCGUGAAGACUUCGUGCAAGCAAAGAAAAAUACGCGUGCAGGUGCAGAGGAGCGUUUUUGGUAGCGGUGACCCACAGUCUCAGCUCAAACUGGGGACAUGCCAAGUCAGUAAAUCCACAAAGGGUUACCUUUAUUUUGAAUAUGACCUCGACAUGUGUGGAACCAAACGGACGAUAAGCAAUAACCAAGUCGUCUAUUCAAACAUACUACGAUAUGACCCGCCAAGUCUCCAAGGACCAAUCAGGCGAGCUGUGCCCUUCGUCGUUCCCAUUAGAUGUUACUAUAACAGGUACCAGUACUCCUACAAAAUUGGCUACACACCAAAGAUGCGGAUGCGCAAGGUCUUCAAACCAAUGAAGAACAGAGCAGAAUUCAUUCUGACUCCACGAAAUGCUCAGUGGGAAAGGAUUUUUCAUCCAGCUCACUACAUGCUAGGGAAGCCCAUGUUCUUUGAGGCUGAGGCCGCAUCUGUGUCCCAAGACGAAAGACUGUAUGUCCACUUGUGUUACGCGACUCCUGAGAGGUCCCACACCUCCACUCCUCAGUAUACAGUUGUGAAAAACUUUGGGUGUAUGGUUGAAAGCAAGGACAAUCGCUCCAGGUUCAUCCCAUACAAAAACAAUUCUGUGAGAUUCUCUGUGGAUGCCUUCUUGUUCAAGGGAAUGAUUGGCCAAGAGCUCUACAUGCACUGCGCCAUGUCUGUGAGCAGUUCUGUCCCAACACCUACAGAAAAGUCCUGCAACUACAACACGCAAGCAAGAAGAUGGGUUGAGCUCUAUGGAUCAGACUCGGUGUGCAACUGCUGCGACUCCACCUGCAGCUCUGCUGCAUCCACAGUGACCAAAAUGAUCAGCAGCAGGCCAUGGAUAAUAGAGCCUGAAGUGAAACAUACCACAGACCCCAAGAGGAAGACUGUCUCCUCCACCACAACGACAGCAUCACCACAACGAGAGACAACCAGAGAGGUGACUGAAUGGAAGACCUAUUUACAACCUGAAGCGAUAGCAGCGACACCAGUGGGUGACGCAGCGAAGGAGUUGGAAUUGCCGUUCGGAGGUGGAGUGAAGUGGGUUGAGGAGGAAGGUGAGGAGAUGCAGGUGAAGGGAUCUGCUGUUGUGGAGAAGGAGGACCCAGAAUCUCACUCAAUAUUUGAAGAUAUCUUUGGUUUGGACAAAUAAAGCUGAUGUUUGUACAGUGUAGUUAAAUCUGGGUGGCUCAUUACAUGAUUCCUAAAAAGCUCAAAGCAAUAAUCAAAAGGUUCAUGUAUAUUUUUGUGUGUGCACAUGAUGUCUGUAUUGUUUGAGAAAGCUCUUGUUAGUACUAACUGUUGCUACAAAUUACACUUUUUUUUUUUUUUUUUUUUUGUCACUUGCAACAAAGUCUAUAACUCUGUAUUUAUUUUUUGAUUAGCUUAGCACAAAUAAUACGCUACAUGGAUUAAAUCUCAAAGCCAAGUUUCUAUACAGAAUCUGUAAAUGAUAAAACUCAUGAGUUCAUCUUCAGGUACAAGCAUCAUUUAUUAGCUUUACAUUGUGAGUAAAUGGUAUAUUGCUACAUGACAAUCAUUCUGUACAAUUCCACUUUUACAAAUGUCAGGUCAUUGAAUGUAAUAACUGCAGUUUUGACCUAUGAAGUAAAAAGAACAGUUUUAAAACGGUUAUGCUACUCAGACAGUAAAGGUUAUGACUUUGGUCUUUACAACAAGUACUAUCAAACUACUUUAGUAGUACUUUACAAAAUAAACUUGGUUUCAUAACAUCGUAAUCACA